AUGGCAUCCCUACCAAAACCCCACAGUACAACAUUUAUGAGAAAAGAAGCAGUAAGCCUAUGGAAAAGAAUAGUAGAAAGGAAAAUCAUCAGUCAAAAACUGCUUCCCAUAGAUAAGCUAGACAAUCCAGAACAGAUCCAAGAAAUACUGAUCACAAACCAACUCCUGGAAACAGUGACCAAUAUUGAACCUUAUGAUGAACAAGUUAUACAGGAGUUCUACUGCAAUAUGACAAAAACCAUCUCCACACCUAGCAGUCCUCUGUAUGGAAAGGUAUAUGUAAGGGGCAAUUUCUAUGACUUCACACCAGACAUCAUCAACAGAUACCUUGGAACAUCUGAGAUUGAACAAGAGACUGAACUAAACAGUGAACAAGUAGCCAAGGAACUCACAGCAGGAAAUGUUAGCUUUGAAAAGAACAAAAUCAAAGCAGCCUCUCUGACCAGCAAGUAUGCAAUCCUACAGAAGAUAGCCCUUGCAAACUGGAUGCCCUCACUCCAUGAAUCCACAGUGAAAUGGACCUUAGCAGAACUGUUAUACAAGAUAGGAAAAGGAGUGAAAAUCAACAUGGGUUCCAUCAUUCAUACACAAGUCACAAAUUUAGCAGAAAAUACCAAAUCCAACAAUUCCCUAGUCUUUCCAAAUCUCAUUUCUUCAAUCCUGGCAAAACAGGGCCUCAAGACUCAAGGACCCAUGACCACUGUCAAGAACUUCAACACAACUGUUAACCUAAGAAAGGGAAACCACCAAAAUGAUCUUAAAUCCACAGCCCCAAAGAAUAACCCACUUGAUUCAAAGACACUGAUCACUUACUUUGAAGGCAGACUGACAGAAUUAGAAGCCUCAGAAAAACAUCUUCUAAGAAAACACAUGAUCAUCAAGGAAGAAAGAGCUGAAAUAAUAGAAUGGCUGGCAGUACUAAAGGAAGAAAUUGAAGAAAACCAAAAGCAAGGAACAGGAGAAGAUAUCCAAGAACACUCUCAAGAAACAGAAAAUGAAGAUAAUCAAGAUCAAAACCAAGGAUCAGAAGAAGACAACCAAGAAAGAGAUGCUGAAACACCUGUUUCAACACCAGAACCAGACAACUAG